AUGGUUUCAUUAGCAGACAUCCCGAUGGAUAUUGCUGCCGUCGUGUCAUUAGCUCUGGAAGGUAUUUUAUACGGAUUUUCUGUCCUCAUGUGUCUAGGCACCAUCUGGACAUUCAGCUAUAAACGACACAUGCAGGACAUCAAUCGGCCAAUCGCUGUGGUUGCCACCCUACUGUUCGUGCUGAGCACUGCGCAUAUGAUCGUAGUCAUUAUUCAUGUCGAACAUGGACUGGUGAAGUAUCGUGAUACGUUCCCUGGCGGGCCAGUGGCGUUCUUCACAGACGUCACCCAAGAUACAUUUGUAAUCAAGAAUGCGAUAUAUAACGUGCAAACUCUGCUUGGCGACGGGGUGGUGAUUUAUCGAUGUUACGUCGUCUGGCAAUCCGCCUGGGUUAUCAUCCUGCCAUGCAUGACGUGGUGUGGUGUCGCAGCGUCUGGUGUUUGUUCGGUCUACUACUUUUCUCAAGCGUCAGUUGCCGAAAUCGAAAAUUUCUUCGCUAGCAGGAUUGGUCAUUGGGUCGCUACUUUCCUUGCCCCCACGCUUGCAACUAAUGCGUUGAGUACUGGAUUACUGGCGUAUCGCAUCUGGAUGAACGAACGCAAGGUCUCUGCAAUCCGCACUGCAAAGCGCAGGGUACCUAUAUUGCGCAUACUUAUAGAUGCUGCUGUUUUGUACUCUGCGGUGCUUGGCUCCUCAAUAAUUUGUUUUUCCCUCUGGAGCCAUGGAAUAUAUGUGAUGGGAGACCUGACCGUCCCGAUUGUCUCGAUUACCUUCUACAUGGUAUUUAUUCGCAUCGCGACCAGUCGAAACAGUCAACAUUACCUCUCGACUGUCUGUAGAAGUGUCACUGAGACAGAACGGAGAAAUUUGCAGCGACAUCCUAUGCAGCCGUUGGUACACAGGCUGGAUAAUUCCAAAUCCUCCUUAGGUGAUAUAUUAUAUCCGUUUCCCGGUCGCUAG